UAUCAAAAGGUAUGUGUACCAACAGACAUAGGUCUUAUCAGCAGUCAGCCAGCCUUGAUCGAACCGUGCGGGGUCCGCUGAGUGGCGUUGUAUUGCAGAAAAGAGAACGCCCCCUACACCAACACUCCGUGAUUCAUGCUGCGUAACAGACCUAUUAUGAUCCUCCGGCGCUUAUCUCAGAGAGGAACUCUCCGAGACACCUGCAAUGCCCUGUCCAAGCCAUACCCAUAUAUAGUAUCCAUUGCAGGUUUACGGUCACUGACCCUCUAGAUCUACGCGCCCGUGGCUGUCCAACAAAAGCAAAUCAACGAUAAUAACGAAUAAUAUUUCAAAUUCGAACCGGAGUAACUGGUAAUUCUCUGGAAUAUGGUGACCCAGGUAAAUAGUAAGGAUCCAACACACCUAACAGACCUAGAGGCCCUGGUUAGCCUCGUCCAAAGGAUUAAAUUGUAGACUACCUAGGAGGUAACUUUGUAGACGCGAUUGUAGUUUCUUCUGAUAAACUUGUUCUCCAAACUCUGGUCAGUAUCACUACCUGACAAUGUCACCUGAGGUCGCAAGAGUCACGAACAAUUAUCAACACUCGCACUGUAUCGGCCAGGUGCCACUUGACAUGCGACUAUGGGAAUGAGGCAUCCGCUAAAAGGGGCGACAUACGAGGGGUUCCCCAGCUUGCCAUGGUACGAUUGGUGGAUUCAAUCACAGCUCGCUCAGCAACCUAAAGAAUUAUUCGCCUGUAUUCAAGAUUUCGACCACGAAUCCGAAGAAAUCUCGUUCGAUGCGAUUAAGUCCGUUUACUCGAAAGUUUCCACUAUAAUUAUCAACGAUGGGGAGCUGGGUAUUAGCGAUAUAGUACAGAAACUCUUAGACGAUGGCCGUAUCACUGUCGCCAAGGACGUUCGGGGGAUUGAAAUGGCUAUGGACCUUGUGUUCUCGAUAACUGGCUGGCAAACCAUGCUGUAUCGCCCUGAUGUAUUUUCUUGUCCUCCGUCCGAGCUCUGCAUUGCGGAUGAAAUGGAUGGCUAUAGGGGCGAAGCCCACAUCUGUCUCAAACAAUCUCGUAUAAGCAGUAAUCGAAGACUUUCUGAUUUUCUAUUGGGAUUCGGUUUAAUGCUCCCACCCCGGAAUCAUCAUACAUUCGAGGAUGUUGAGGAAAUGAAGAAUUUCAGCAGGCUUAAAUCUGUCGAUUCUUCGACUCUAAACAUGCAUCUAUUAGUAAAAAUCGGUGGAAUUAGUGUUAAUUGGACCGAUUGCUUGGCCUGCCAUCUCGAGCUGGACAAAAAUGAACGAGCUCUUUAUUUAUUUCGAUAUCCCUCUUUCUGUGUCGCGAAUCUCAGAAAUAGAUCAACGGACGGAAACGGCUGGUCCGUGAUACAUUCUUGUGCUUCGAGCCUCCCCAGUAACACUCACUGGGCCGCGUCACAAGACGUUACGGAGCUACUCCAGGAGAUAGUCCUCUCUUAUAGGCUCUUAUUCAACCAGCAUGUUAAGUCGCGGGAGCUUCUCCGAAAACUGCGCCCGUUUAAACACGUUCCAUUAGAUGGUCACGACGACUUUCUCUUGGAUGUUUGUGGGAAAAAACAAUUCAACUCAUCAUUAGGAAUCAUAGAACGCGACACUUACGAAUUGGCGCGAGAUUUUGCUCAUUUGAGGUCGCGAAUCGUCCGUCUCAACACAUAUCUUGAUGACAGGAAGCCUAGAUCUUGGAGGGAGUUAUGGCUAGAUAAUCGCGAUUCAGCAUCGUGGUUGACGUUUUGGGCGGUUAUCGUUGUUGGUGGGAUGGGUCUCAUUCUCUCGUUUCUUCAACUUGUGUUUCAAAUUGUACAAGUAGCAAUGGCAGUGCGACAACCCGGUUCGUAAAUUUGAGGAUUUGUUUAGAUAC